AUGUCUGGAAAUCGGGCUUUUGCAGAAGAAGAUGCCUCUUCCGGAGGAUCGGGAGACGAGACUAACAUGUUAGACGGACACAACAAACACCAGACCAUGACCCCUCAACCUGGUCGACUCAAAAGGAGCCGCAAAGCAACUGGCGAUGCCAUUGUCGAUGCCAUGCAGGAAAUAGCGGCAGCUUCUAAAGCUCGGGCUGCCGCAAUCAUGAGGAAUGAAGACCGUUUUGCCAUUAGCAAGUGCAUAAAAUUACUCGAUGAGAUGCAAGGUGUCGAUCAGGCUCUCUACUUUUACACCCUGGAUUUGUUCGAGAGCCCCACGGCUAGAGAAAUAUUUGUGUCCCUAAAGAGCGAGAGAAGAUUGGCGUGGAUACAGAGGAAGUUUCGGGCCUCUUCUGGUGGCCCAGUGGGCUGA